AUGGAACUUAUUUGUCAUCAUUGCGGAGCAAAACAUUUUAAAGCUGAAGACAUAUCAAAUAAGAAAACUUCAUUUAGUAGUUGUUGUAGUCAUGGUGAAAUUAUGAUUGAUCCAAUGCCAGAACCACCAUUAUUAUUGAAAAGUUUGUUUGAUGGGUCCCAUAUACUAUCAAAACAUUAUCAUGAUAACAUUCGAUAUUAUAAUAAUACAUUUGCUUUUGCUUCUUUUAAUGCAAAUUUAGUUAAUUAUAAUAAUAAACCAGGUCCAUAUUGUUUUAAGAUACAAGGACAAAUUUACUAUCAAAUAAAUACGUCAUUGUAUCCGUCUGCUGAAGAGUCACCAUCUUUCGGUCAAUUUUUUAUAAUUGAUCAAAAUGAAUCUAUUAAUAUACGAUGUAGUAUGUUUUCAAAUUUAAAUAGAGAAAUAAUAGAUGCGAUCGAAACAGUUCUUCGGCAACAUAAUGUGUUUGCACAAUCUUAUCAAAUGAUGCAUGAAGAAUUAAGACAGGCAAUGAUUGAUAAAGAUGUUGACACAGAACCAGAGAUGCAGUUAUUAUUUUCAUUAAAACCUGGUUUAGAUAUUAGACGAUAUAAUCCACAAAGAGUGAAUGAAGUUGCAGCCGUCUUUACAACAACCGCUGAUGGUGAUAUCCCAGAGUCUUAUGUAACAAUUCAUAAUAAACGAACCAAAACUCUACAAUACUUGAGUUCAAUGGAUCCAAAUGUUGAAGCUUUAGUUUAUCCACUUUAUUAUCCGUAUGGUACCAAUAGUUGGAGCUCAACAUUAACAAAAGUGAACAAACAAAAAAGAAUAUCAAGAGCUGCUUACAUUAAACACAGAAUAGCAAUAAGAGAUACUGAUAAUAUUUUCUUAAUGGGUGGACGAUUAUUUCAACAGUGGUUAGUCGACAAUUAUCAAAGAGCUGAAACAGAAAACUGUCAAGUUGGAAAAAUAGUUGUUCUCCCUUCAUCGUUUACUGGAUCGCCACGUAAUAUGUUACAACACUAUCAGGAUGCAAUGGCAAUAGUAAGAAAAUUUGGCAAACCAGAUUUAUUCAUUACUAUGACAUGUAAUCCUAAUUGGCGUGAAAUCAAGGAAAAUAUAUUGCAUGGUCAAACAGCAUCAGAUAGACCUGAUAUUGUUUCACGAAUUACAACAACUGUCUCUGUCGAUAAAUUCAUUGCUGCUGAAAUCCCAAAUCCAUCUGAUGAUCAAAUACUUCAUAAAAUAGUCAUGAAGAAUAUGAUCCACGGACCAUGUGGUGAUUGGUGUAAAAAUAAAGAUGGUAUAUGUACAAAACAUUUUCCAAAAAAAUUUCAAAAUGAAACACUGAUAGAUGAAAAUGGAUAUCCCACAUAUAAACGUAGAAAUACUGGAGUAUAUAAACGAAUAAACGGAGAAGCUGUUGAUAAUCGGUAUGUCGUUCCCUAUAAUGCUACACUUCUAAAAAUAUUUAAUUGCCACAUUAACACUGAAAUAGUAUCAAGCAUACAAUCAGUUAAAUAUUUGUACAAAUAUAUAUAUAAAGGCCAUGAUGCUGCGUGUUUCGAAAUAACUAAUAACACCCAUGAAAAAUAUAUCAAUCAUGAUGAGAUACAUAAUUCUAUAGAAACCAGAUAUGUUAGUGCAGUUGAAGCAUGUGACCGAAUAUUAGGAAGAUCUCUACAAAAAAAAAGUCAUUCAAUUAUUCGGUUACCAAUUCAUUUGCCUAAUCAACAAAAUGUUAUUAUAAAUAAUGAUGAUGCGGAUACAUUAAGAGCCGCAUUACAAAAAAAUACUAUGCUCUUAGAAUAUUUUGCUUUAAAUCAACGUGAUGAAAAUGCCAAAGAAUAUCUAUAUGCGGAUAUUCCAUCACAUUAUGUUUUUAAAAAUUUAUCUGGUACUAAAUCAUGGGAAAUUCGAAAACAGCAACACAAUGUUAUAGGAAGAAUGUACGCUGUAAGUCCUCAUCAAAUGGAAUUAUUCAAUCUUCGAUUACUAUUAUUGACAGUUAAAGGAGCGACAAGUUAUGAAAAUCUACGGACGAUCAAUGGAAAAAUCUAUGAUACUUAUCAUGCAGCAUGUUUAUCACUAGGGCUCAUUGAAGACGAUACAGAAUGGGAACGUGCCAUGACAGAAGGAGAAAUAUGGAUGAUGCCUCGACAGUUAAGACGAUUAUUUGUGAGUAUUUUGAUUCACUGUCAACCAAAUGACCCAGGAAAAUUAUGGGAAAAAUUCAAAGAUGCAUUAUCACAAGAUUUUUAUAAAAGUUCAACAUCAGAGAGCAUAAAAAAAGCAUAUCAUGAAAUAAACGCUUUAUUAUGCAAUGAUAAACAUAUUCUCGAUGAUUUUCCAACUAUGCCAUCAUUGUCUGAAUUUGAAAUAGUAGAAAAUAUUGAGGAUAAUAUUGAAGAAAUAGAUCCAAGUCAUCAUGAAAUAGGGGAGAGUCAUAGAAGAUAG